CGAUUAUUCGACAACGGUUUAUUAUUUCCUGUUUAGGAAGCAUCUCCUACAAUCAAGUCUAAAGUGCCACGAAGCGGUAGAUCCAGAGACGUGGGUCCUUCCGAUACGGGGAUUCGAGAGGUGCCACUUAAUAAUUUCCACAUAUGGUACGUGAAAUCCAGCGAUCCUUGGGAGAAGACGAUGUACGACAUGGUCGUUUCUCAAAUGGGCGAAAAUACCUCGGCAAAGCUUGCCAUUCCCGUCGAGGUGGUGCCCGAGCCAGAUCUUCGGCCGAAAAUGUAUUCCAUCAUCAGAUGGACGUCUAUCGAGAAACGAGUGAAAAAAGUUCCAAGCAUAGUUUACAAUUUGGUUUCCCUAACGCCGACCAUGGAAGUUUCCUGCACCUUCGAGUCGAACAACACGAGCGAGUUGAGCGUGCAGGAGAGCAACGUUAAGAAAAAUCGAAGAAGGAGGAAGAAUCCGUCGAACAGGGAGAUGGAGGGGCAAAAAUCGACGAGCAAGGAGAAUCAAUCUUUGACGAUCGAGAGCAGGGACGCGAAUUUGUGCUUGGCAUCGGAAACAAUGGUGGAAGAGCCGUUGAAGCCACGAUGGAUAUUGCUGCCGGGCGAAAGUCAGAGGUUCAAGAUCCGAUUUCAACCGGAAGAGACAGGCCGCUACGAGGAAACGUACGCCGUGACGAUAGCUGAGGGGAACUGCAUCACUUACGAUAUAAACGUUGUCGGUAUCGCGGACGUGCCGAGGCUCGACAUGAACCCUGAUACCAUUUUCACGAAAACCAUGGCCACCAAAUUGCACGUGACAGACAAUUCCGUAUACUUUUACGACACGGAGUUGUACGACUUUGGAUCCCAGCUACUUUUCCAUCAAGAUCAAAAGCCGCACUAUCGAAAAGCUCGGCUCAAGUUUUGCAACAUUUCCGAAGUGCCGGUGGAAGUUUUCUUCUCCCUUUCCGAAAACGACUGCUUUUCCAUCGAACCACAGAUGCUUUAUAUCGACCAAGGCAAUUGCGCGACAUUGAUCGUGACAUCCGUCGCGACCAAACUCGGGAUCAUCAAAACGAAGCUGUUAAUGUGCAUCACGAACAACCCGAAAGUCGAAAUCCUCGUGCUUCAAAACGAGGGCACCAAAUUGGAUAUCGAACUGGACGGGAAAAAUAUGUUCUUCGGUCGCACUCUGCUCUAUCGAACGGAAUACAGAACGUUGACGAUUAUAAACAAUACUCCGGUGUCGUUCUUCUGGUUCUUGGAAUUCGAGGAAUCCGUCAAUUCUCAAAUAUCGUUCACACCUCACGAGGGAAUGAUCGAUGCCCACAGCAGACGAGAAGUGGAAUUCCAGUACAACGCUAACACGAAUAACGUUGCAAGAGAAAGAGAAGCUGAACGAAUUAAAUCUGCCUCGUAAUUUCAAGAAGAACGUCCAAGUCGACCCGUGCAGCGGAACCAUUCCGCCGCAUACGGAGAAAAUCGUAGAGCUGAUAUUACAUCCGAUGAUGGAGUUGGUACUUAAGGAAGUUCCGAUAUUAAUAUGCAAUUUGAUCGACAUGCAGAAGAAACUUACUAUAAUCGCGGAGAUCCCUUUAAAAGUUUCCCUCCUUUCGUUUUACACGAGGUACGAGGGAUAUCGUCUUGAGAAUUUUCGCUUGUUUAACUUCUCCCCGCGUUGAUAAAAGUGGAGAUUUAUUCAAUUUCCCCCUCCCUUUCUCCCUCCCUGGAAUCGCUAUAGAUUUCGCAUUCACCCGUUCCCAGUGGUGAACUUUGGAACAAUGUCCAUAUGCACGGAGAAAACGAUGUUCAUUAACAUCGAGAACACGGGGAAAUUUCCAUUGCAUUAUUUCUUUCGAUUGGUGGAACAC